AUGACUAAUGUAUCAGAUACGACUCCCUUACUGAAUGACUGGAGCUCGCAUAUUACAAACCAGAAUGAUCCAGACUGGGAAGAAAUGCAUCGCUCUCGUCAAAAACGAUAUUUUCGAUUUCAGACGCGUCAUAUCACACUCUUCUCAUUAGGAUUUGGAAUAUUGCUUUUACUCGUAUUUCUUUUUACUUUCAAUCCCCCUCUUUAUCCACCAGGCCAAUACACGGGUCAUAAGGUCAAAGGAAAGUCGGGUGCGGUCGCGACAGAAGUCACUGGAUGCUCCAACAUUGGCGUAGAUAUCCUCUCAAUGGGCGGAAAUGCCGUCGAUGCUGCAGUAGCUUCUACGCUUUGUAUUGGUACUGUGAAUUUUUGUUCUAGUGGUCUAGGCGGAGGCGGAUUUAUGCUUAUUCAAUUGCCGAAUGGAACUGUUGAAUCCAUAAAUUUUCGUGAAAUGGCUCCAGGUAAUGCCUCCAAGCAUAUGUUUGAUGGUAACCCUAUACUAGCCCAAAUUGGGGCUCUAUCUAUUGGUAUUCCCGGUGAGUUAGCUGGUUUAUAUGAUGCAUGGAACCGAUAUGGUCAGCUUGAGUGGUCUAAAGUUGUCAAGCCAAGUGCCAAGCUUGCGAGGGAAGGGUUUACAAUAACACCAACAAUGGAACGUAGCAUGCGAGAUGACAGUACGGAAAACUUGGUUAAUGAUUCAACUUGGGCUUCUGUCAUUGCUCCGUACGGAAAGUUAUUAAAGGCUGGUGAUAUAAUGCGUCGUCCCGCCUUUUCGAAAACUUUGGACAUCAUCGCAAAGGAAGGUAUUGAACCAUUCUACAAUGGUGCCUUGACUGAUGCGAUGGUUGAAUUUAUCCAAAAUCAUGGGGGAAUUAUUACGAAAAACGAUUUCGAGCAAUAUUUCCCAGAAAUAUCUGAUGCCAUUGAGACAACCUAUAGGGAUCACAAAGUUCUUACAUGUCCCCUUCCAACGAGCGGGCCAGCGUUAAUCGAAGGACUUAACAUUUUAGAUGGGUUUCCAAUGGAUGCUUCUUCAUUAUCUUUCACAAAAAGGUUACAUCUUCAGGUUGAAGCGAUGAAAUGGUUGUCCGCCGGACGCACCCAAUUUGGUGACCCAGAGUUUAUUGAAGAAAAUAUGGCUUUAAUAUCGAAUAUGAUGUCGAAAGAGUUUGCCUCGCAAGUCCGUGAUAAUAUUUCAUUGACUAGAACAUAUUCGUGGGAGCAUUACAAUCCUUCAUACGAUAUUCCUGGUAAUCACGGGACUACACACAUUUCUGUUACGGAUGAUGAAGGCUAUUCCGUAUCUUUGACGUCCACUGUUAAUCUGUUGUUUGGGUCUCAGUUAAUGGACCCUGUUACCGGGAUAGUAUUUAAUGAUCAAAUGGAUGACUUUUCUAUUCCUGGGUCUUCCAAUGCAUUCAAUUUGACACCUUCACCGUGGAACUAUAUUGAACCGUAUAAGCGGCCCCUUUCUUCUGCCGCUCCUACGAUUUUAAGCAACAAACGCGGUAAUUUCAAUAUGGUGCUUGGUGCUAGUGGUGGUAGCCGAAUUGUUACAGCUGUUCUGGAUGCUAUCGUAAAACGUGUGGAUAUGAAUUACGACAUUGAGUCUAUGGUGGCUAGUGCACGCUCUCAUCAUCAACUGCGACCAAAUGUAUUAAUCUUGGAAAAUGGAUUUUCAAAAGUGAUCGCAUCCAGAAUUAAAAAAUACCUACAUAAAGUGGUUCGAUUAAACUCAAAAGCUGGGCCAUUGAGUGCUGUUCAAGCUGUCAUGAACCACAAAGAUACAAUCUAUGGUAUGAGUGACCCUCGGAAGUAUGGACAGGCUGCUGCAUAUUGA